GUCUGCCAUAGGAGGGGCCUUGGAAGCCAGUGGUGGUGUCAUGUAGUACCAAGGGAAAUAAGGCAAUAUUGGGUUAGGAGGAGGAGGUGCAGGAAAAUUGAUAUAUGGUGGUGGAAUAUAUGGACCAUAUCCCGAUGGCGGUGGCGGAGGAUAAUUC